AUGGCAGAGCAUCAGGUGCUGUUCCUUGGGUGUUUGUCCGUGACGCUCACGGAGCUGCGUGUGGAGGGUACCGUGUUUCCCCAGGAGGCGACAAGGAACGAUGGGGCAAAGUUUUUUGUGCGGGUGGCUGUUUUACCGAUCCAAGACAGCGGCACAGAGGAGCGCAUGAACGCAUUUGUGGAUUCCUCCGUACAUCCACUUAGAAGCGCUGAGAUGGCGGAGGAUCUUCUCAUUCCCGUCAUGCUGCAGCGAGCCUUGCCUACCCCUCUUACCGGCGGCGACGGCGGCGUCAGCCCGUCUUCUGCCAUACAAGAGCAAAAUGGCCAGAAGGACCUCGAUGCUGCUGCUGCCCCCGUUGCCGCCGCCGUGGCUUACGACGGGGAGGAUGAGGGCCUUCAGAAUAAUGUUGCCGAAAUGCAGUGCAACAGCAGCCACCAAAUGGGUGUGGAACUGCAUUUGGAGUUUACAGUCGUUCGUGGCAGCGUACAGUCGGUAAUUGCCCAUCGCACCGUAGUUAUUGGCUCCUUGCUUAGCGUCGCCCAUGAGAAAUGUGGUGUCGUCAAUGCACGUAUUGCUGCUGCUGCCGCGCUGCGUGACUCUUCUGUGUGGGGGCAGGAAUUUUUUUCACACACCGCAGACAAUAGUCUUUCCUUGGGGGAAAGCACCGACGAUGCUUUUUGGUUGGGUGUUGAGCUGCAGUUUAUUGUGCGUGCCCUUGACAUGUCUGAGCCGCUGCGUGUUAUGUUUGCUGCAGAGCGAGAGGCCCGAACGCUCCUGCGCAUGCCACAACAGAAGUCGCAGACUAUGUUUCCGUUUCCUGCGCUGCGGCUGCCGUACGGUGCACUACCGCUGCUCGUACUUUACCAGUACUACAGCCGCUUUUGCGAGCGGUUCUUUCACAAGGCUCUCCGCCUUUCUAACCACGUGGAGAAGCUGCUGUCAGUGGACGCGAACCAUAGCGGGUCUCAUCGCUGGAGUGCCCUCAGCGUCGUUGACAUGCGUCCCACGCUUCUUGGCGAGGAUGCCCUGGCCCCGUUGCUGGCAACGCUGUAUCACUGUCCCUCCCUGUGCUCGCUGGUGCUCGAUCAGAAUGGCGCCGGGGACUUCACCUGCUACUGGCUCUCCGCCCUCUUUCACAAGCAUCGUUACCUGGGCGAGGUCUCGCUUUGCCGCAACAACAUUCACGAAUGCGGCGCGGAGCAGCUGCUUCGUCUCACACGGCGGAAUAAACGCCUGACGCGGCUCGACGCCAGCGGCAACCCUUGCUCCCCACGCAUCCUAGAGCGCAUUCAGCGGGUGACGGAGAUAAACCAAGAUACGCUGCAGAAUGACCAUUUCAAUGUGACUUCCACCCGCUACGCUUACGCCGCUUCUCCUGCCUUAUUUGCACCGUCCAUCACCAAGAAGGCCCUCAAGCUGUGGGCCAUGUUGUGUGUCUCUUCUCUGAAAGUAGAUGGAAGUGCGUUUGCGGGCCAGUGUCCAUCAAUAAUACCCCAGGCCGCAUUGGCCCCGCUUCUGAAUGAAGUCAUGCGCACCGUUGCGUUGGAGAUCUCUUCUAUGAUACAGGACCCUUUCAUACGCAUUGUGUUUUCUGAUAUUGAGACACUCUGGAAGGCAACACAGAUUGCGCGCCAUGAAGAUGCAUCAUCGGUGGCGGCGAAGGAGGAUGAGGCGAAGGGGGCAGAGCAGGGGGACUUGACGGUUGCGAUGAAGCACGAUCAGGAGGGAGCCGACGUGGCUCCCGCCGCCGUAGACGUAGAGGUGCUCUACAGCUACUCCUUCCUGCGCAUAGUUGUUGUUACCAUGUGGAGUAUGACUCGGGAGGUUGACUGGGCGGAAAGCGUUGCCGUCUUGAAAUCCAUUGGGCGACGCCAAAAGGAAAUUGGUGUUGUCGCAGAUGAUUACCGUGUCGCGCUGAAGGCGUUUAUUCAAGCCCUCACCACCGUCUGCGGCAGAGAGCCUGUGGAUGUGGAAAACUGCGCCGCUUUUCUCCAAUGCCUUGCGCUGGGCGUGAGAACAUCCCUCACCGUAUAG